UAACGACGUCUCGCCAACGUGUCUCAACCUCCAUCACGUGCUGCCUGCCAUGCCACUCCAACCAAGAUCACGCGCUCAGUCCCACUGACAUCACCUAAUAACCACCGAACCACCCAUUCCGCCCCCGGUAAUUAAUGAGCUGAUGCAGCCACACCAUCCAUAAUUCCGACGGAUCGCGCCAAGCCAAGAGAACCCCCGUCACACGCGUGGCGCCCCGCCAGCAGCAGCCCGCACCGGCCCAACGCAGCACCACCCAAUGAUCCAACCACAUCCACAUCCAGCAGCGGCAGCCAGCGAUCCAGCCCCCGUCCGUCGUCCACAGCCGCGCAGCAGCGGCCGUUUCCCCGGCGCCGCGCGUCGGGCCGAAGGGGCCCUUCGUUUUCGCGUGUCCGUUCCCCGGCCCGCGGUCGUGUGGCCCGGGGCGCGGGCGCGCCCGCCCGCCACACGGUGGCCGCGGCGCGUUAUCCCUUUGCCCUAUCCCCUCCGUCGUGAGGCCGGGUGGCGCGCGGCUGGCGGAUGAGGCGCCGAGUGGCCCGGAUCCACCGGCCCAGCCGGGCCGCACGCCGGCGCCGCUCGCGUGUCGCCGGGCGUUGUCGGCACGCGGGCGCGGCGCAGCUAUUUCUUGGGGGCGCGCGCCGCAGGGAAGGCGGCACCAAGGGAGCAGCACCCGCGCAUGUUUACCUGCUUCGCCGGGCGCGCCUCCUCCACCGCAUCGAGCAUCGUCGCCAGCAGCCUCGCCGCCCCCGCCCCCGCCCCCGCCCCCGCGCCGUCGCCCAAGCCCCGCAGCCCCGCCUCCGCCGCCCGCCGCAGGCUCAUCAUGAGCAAGCCCGUCUUCGCCGCCCACAGCGCCGUCGCGGGCAUGGACGCCGUCGAGCGCUUGAAGAGCGGGUUCGAGCAGUUCAAGACCCAGGUCUAUGACAAGAAGCCGGAGCUGUUCGAGCCGCUCAAGGCCGGCCAAUCCCCCAGGUACAUGGUUUUCGCCUGCGCCGACUCCCGCUGCUGCCCGUCGGUGACCCUGGGCCUGCAGCCCGGCGAGGCCUUCACCAUGCGCAACAUCGCCGCCAUGGUCCCGCCCUACGACAAGAACAAGUACGCCGGCAUCGGGGCCGCCAUCGAGUACGCCGUCUGCGCGCUCAAGGUGGAGGUCCUCACCGUCAUUGGCCACAGCCGCUGCGGUGGCAUCAAGGCGCUCCUCUCCCUCCAGGACGGCGCAGCCGACACCUUCCACUUCGUCGAGGACUGGGUCAGGAUCGGCUUCCAGGCCAAGAAGAAGGUGCUGAAAGAGCACCCCCAUGCUCCGUUCGAUGACCAGUGCUCCAUCUUGGAGAAGGAGGCCGUGAACGUGUCCCUCUACAACCUCUUGACCUACCCCUGGGUCAAGGAAGGUGUGGAGAACGGGACCCUCAAGCUGGUCGGCGCACGCUACGACUUCGUGAACGGUGUGUUCGACACAUGGGAGGCCAUGGCGGAUGCCGUCGAGCGCUUGAAGACCGGGUUCGAGCAGUUCAAGGCCGAUGUCUACGACAAGAAGCCGGAGGUGUUCGAGCCGCUCAAGGCCCACCAGUCCCCCAAGUACAUGGUGUUCGCCUGCUCCGACUCCCGCGUGUGCCCGUCGGUGACCCUGGGCCUGCAGCCCGGCGAGGCCUUCGCCGUCCGCAACAUCGCCAGCAUGGUCCCACCCUACGACAAGACCCGGUACGCCGGCGUCGGGUCCGCCAUCGAGUACGCCGUCUGCGCGCUCAAGGUGGAGGUCAUCGUGGUCAUCGGCCACAGCCGCUGCGGCGGGAUCAAGGCGCUCCUCUCGCUCAAGGAUGGCGAGCCCGACAAGUUCCACUUCGUCGAGGAUUGGGUCAGGAUCGGCGGCCCCGCGAAGACGAAGGUGCUGGCCGACCACGCCUCAGCCCCCUUCGAAGAUCAAUGCUCCGCCUUGGAAAAGGAAGCCGUCAACGUGUCCCUCGAGAACCUCAAGACCUACCCGUUCGUCAAGGAAGGGCUGGAGAAGGGGACCCUCAAGCUGGUCGGCGGUCACUACGACUUCGUCUCCGGCAAGUUCGAGACAUGGGAUCCAUGAGCGGCCAACCAAGCUAGCUGUUAAUCGUGUACGGCUACACCAUAUAUGCUCCCGAUCGAUACAUCUGACUGCGUGGAGCAAUACUACUAAUUUGCCCCUAUACACACAUACCGGAUUGCUCUUUGUGAACUGUAAUAAGCAAAUACAAUUUUCUGUCGAGUUCUUUUUUUUUGUAAUAUAUGAUGCAUAAUUUGAUCGACGUGUGGCCAACAAAAGACAUCAUUGUAAUGCUCUUUUCAUUCAUAUUAUCAUGAAGAGAGAAAGAGUUUACCUUUU